UCAGACUUAUUAACGGCAAAUGGGCUCACAAAAUCAUUAGAGUGGUUGACUCACUUUGAGCUCAGGAAUGGGUGUGCUGGAGGGAAUUUUGUGUGUAUUUGUGGGACUUCUCUUGUUGCAAGAUAGUCGUUCUCUUCCGUAUGAAAUGGGGAAUGAUUUCAUCUUCAAUACCAUCUUCAACCCCUGGAGAGCUCGAAUCCCUGAAUUUGGCAUGUUUGCCAUGCGCUCUCUUGUCAUGAAGGUUCCUGCUGUGCAGGUUUACUGUGAUGAAAGUGAACUAACACUAUUUGUGGACAAAAGAAUGGGUGCUGCCACCCUGAACCGAGAGGACAUCCAGUUGGGUGAUGGCUGCUACAGCAACAGUGAGCUAGCAGGUCAACUGAUGUUCACAUACGGACACGAUCAAUGUGGAACAAGACAUGAAGUGCAGAAUGGCCUGGAUGUCUUCUCCAAUUCUCUCCAUUUCAGUCCCAGGAAGGUCUUGAAUAUGAAGCCCAUACAUUCUGAUGUGCAUGUCUCCUGCAUUCCAAAUAGGUCUAACGAGCAGCGCUUGCCUUAUCAACCCCUUGCUGAUAAACGCAAACAAUUCAGCAUACAAGCAAUGGAUGCCUCAUGGACCAGUCCAGCAGAAUCUAACGUCUAUAUACGAGGCCAAAGCAUCAACGUCCAGGUGUCUGCUAAAAUCAGUCCUCAUCAGCGACUCUUUAUCCAGUCCUGCUUUGUCUCUUCAUCGCCGGAGAUUCAUACUAAACCCAGGCAUGCGAUCAUAAUGAAUAAAGGGUGUGCAGCCCCAUCUGGUUCUCCUUAUACAAUCAUUACAUUUCUUGACUCUGAUUAUUCACAAGUGAAGUUUGCGCUCCAUUCUACUCAUUUAAUUUCAGAGAUGUAUAUCCACUGUAGUGUGCUCAUCUCAGACAUUGGGAUAACAAGUGGCUCCAAAUCCUGCAACUAUGACUUGGUCAAUUCAAGAUGGGAGGAGCUAAGUGGCAAUGUGGAGGUGUGCCGUUGCUGUAACUCUAAGUGUAAAGGCUUGUCAGUCAUGCACCAUCCUUUAGAUUCAAAAGCAGUCCUCAGCACGGGUCCAUUUUUCAUAGUGGAAAGAUCAGCACCUUCUAUCCCAGAAGCACUCUUGGAUUCCAUGCAGUCGGAUGCUGCCGCACCAGAGGAAGCGACUGUCAUUGAUACUUCAGUUCCAAGUGAGGAUCCUGAAUUCCAGUGGCCAUCUCCACUGGGGGCUGUUCUGGUUUUGAGUCGAGACCCGAACUCCAGCCUGUCGCUGGUGCUGCCUGCGCGAAAUGAACAAGGCAAUAGUGCAAGUGAUAGCCCAUUGAAUGAGCUCCAGAGUCCCACCAUGGAGCAAGAGAUCAGCCUUAAUCAUAUCAAAGGUCAAAGUGCAAACUUGGUCCAGGAUAGGCCCCUGCACGCGGAGGUGCAAAAUAAACAGUGGCCUGAUGACCAAAUUGUCAUACACAAAGAGCGAGUCAAAGAUGUGCUGCCAAUACUCCACUCUAAAAUUCAGCUGACCAAAAAUGCUGAUGGCUCUAAAACUUUAAGUUAUGAAGAAGCAGUGGGAGCACAAGAUGGAGAUGCCAUAAGAACACAUGGAGGGAAUGAAGCUGGGUGUAAACAGAAGAGAGCACGCAGGGGACUAAGUUGCAUUUUUCUGGGUUUGUUGAGGUUGAUGGAUCAUGUGGAGUAACUUCAACUCUCAAGGCAUAUUAAAACUAUUUACAAUUCAA